CGUCGUCUUCGUCAAUCACAAUCUUACCUACAACAUUUUGCCGUUAAAAUUUCGGUUUCACAUUACGCCGACUACAAUUUCAUCGAUUAAUUGGUUUUCACCGCAAAAGGACGACCCGUCAAGUGUGCACAAUGCGUGCACGUGAAUAGUCUUCUUUUAUCAUAUACUAUUAUACGCACUGUCCUGCUAUCCUCUUUAGCACUCCAGCGGCGCGGCGUUUUGUGUAUGCAAAUCCAAUGCUUCCAUGUCGCACGCACAGGUCUGAAAUCGAACAAAGGUGUGAACGAUUGAUCGAUAUUAAAAUACCUAUACACCUGCAGAAACGCAAUGAUCUGAUGCCAUAUUAUAUCAGAACAAUGAAAGAAUAAUGAAGAAAAUAAAAAAUAAAUGUUUCCUAGAAUAAAGAAUUCUCCAACCGGUGGAAGGUGGAACUUCAAUGUGUGUUUAAAGUUAACGAUUUAUUCUGGUAUAAUUGUACUAAACAUAUUAUUAUUUAUAGAUGAGUCCAGUACGAUUACUCACCGUAUGGACAUCGUGUGUGCGAUACGAAAUGACGGACAGCAGUAUUAUGUUGACAAUAUUCUUGAUGACGUCUGUGUUGGCCGUUUCCAGCCAAUCAAAUUUUCAGUCGCAGCUAUGGGUUACGAAAAUUUUGUCCGACGCUUUGGACGAAUACACGCCUGAUGGAGGCAUAGCGUGCAAACGUCAUGGACUGGAGUAUCGAGAAGGGUUGAGAGACCUUAAACUGUGGGCGACUCAAAUGUAUGACGCGUCAUCUAAAUUUCCUACGGGGAUCUUAGCUGGGAGAUCUUUUGACUUUGGAAAUUUUGAUGAAUGUUUAAAAACUGUUACUACUGGUUUGGAAUUAAGUCCUCAAUAUUGUAUUAUAAGUAUUCGUUUUUUACCUACUGCGAAAUUGUUUCCGAAUUAUAACAACAUAACACCUUCUAAUCUAAAUCCAACAGACUCUGUGUGGGAAUCUACAAAGAAUUAUUCUGGUUUGAUGAAAAUGCAACGCAACGAAAUCAAUACAGCACUCUGUGUACCUUCGUCGUGUUCAGAUUCAGAUAUACAGACAACAUUAUCACCUAAAAUAAUUUCUGCAUUUCAUAAACAUCAACUUAUGACCACUGUUACUGUGAAUUCAAUUUAUUGUACUACUCAACAGGAACUCCAACCACCAAAGUUAUUGGGAUAUCGAAUAUUUUGGGGAGUCCUGUUACUUAUUAUAUUAUUGACUAUCAUCGGAUCACUAUGCGACAUAUACAAAGAGGAAGAAAAUCAAUAUGACUACAAAUCAUUUUUUAUGGCAUUCUCAUUUCCGGCUAACAUAAAACGUUUAUUUUUGGCCAGUAAUAAAACCGAAAAUCUAUCUUGUAUUGACAUUUUAAAGACUCAUGCAUGCAUUCUAAUCAUAGUUGGACAAAGAAUGUUGCAUAGUACUGGUCAGCCACUACAAAAUCCUAAAAAGCUUGAAGAGGUAGCCUUACAUUUAUCGUAUGCUAUGAUUCGCAAUGGAUCAUUGGUUGUUGAUUUCUUUUUCGUUAUCAGUGGUUUCCUAACAUUUUAUUUUCUCUACGAUGAGCUAGUCAACACAAAAAUCAUAAACGUACCAUUACUCUUGCUUUGGAGAUGGCUGAGAUUAAUGCCUGUCUAUGGUUUAAUGAUCGCGUUUCAUACAUUUGUUUUAUUACACUUGGCUGAUGGUCCAUUAUGGAAAAAAAUAGCUAUUCAAGAAUCAGAUUACUGUCAAAAUAGUUGGUGGAGCAAUCUUCUGUUCAUAAAUAACUACGUACACGCCGACCGUCCAUGUAUUAUUCAAUCGUGGUAUUUGGCGUGUGAUAUGCAAUUCUUCAUCGCCGGUAUCAUACUUGUGUAUUUUGUGUGGAAGUACCAAAAGUAUGGAGUCUACUUAAUGUGGGCUACGAUAUUUCUGUCGUGUCUGAUCCCGGCUUGUGUCGUAUAUACUCAUCAGUUUUAUCCAACAUUUUUGAGUAAUAUUUCGAUGUUAAACUAUCUACCCGAUCGCCAAAGUUACACCAUGUUAUAUGUACCUAGUCACACAAGAUCUACACCGUACUUCGUGGGUAUAUUUGCGGCAUAUGUGUACCGGUACUUGAAGCUCGAUAAACCGAAGUUUCGUUUUCCUUAUUCGAAAACUUUGAUGACGAUACUCAUUACACUCUAUCCGUUAUUUCUAAUGACCAUUCAAGUGUUUUAUGUCCACGAAUACAAUUUAUGGCUAAGCGUUAUAUACACGUUCAUGUACCGAAUGGUGUUCGCUAUAAUUGUCUCCAUAUUUAUAAUAAUAUCCGCCAUAAAUGGAUUUUUUAAAGGUUUGUGGAUACGAAUAUUUAUACCAUUAAGUAAAUUAACGUAUGGAGCUUAUUUGGGAGGGCUAUCAUUGCAAUUACUUCAAGUAGCAUCGAUGAGAUCACCAACAUAUUACAAUGAUAGUAUUUUGUUAUGGUUAGCAAUCGGAGAUACCGUAUUUGGAUUCAUACUUGCGUUUUUGUUGUAUACUUUAAUUGAAUCACCAUUCGAUAUAUUAUUAAAAAAAUUGGUCAUUAUCAUCAGCCCAAAAAUAAUUUUUAAUAGUAAAACAAUGACAGAUUCUACAGUUCCCAGGAAGAUAAGUCUUAGGACAAUUCGGUCUAGCUAAUGUUAUGUAAUUUAAAUUACAUUAUUAAAGUCCCCCAACUGAAGACUCUUUCCUACCUAUGUUUUUAUUAUUAUUAUUAUUUUUUUUUUAUCAAAACAAAUAUUAUACUUAAUGUAUAUUAAGUAACCUACCUAAAUUUAUAUGAAAUACUUUUUAGAUAACUAUAAUUAUUUUAAGUUUUUAACAUUGGUCAUAAUUUAUUUUAGUUAAAUUUAAAUGUUUAUGGUCAUUAUAUUAUUAUUAUUUGUAAUUUUAUCACACCUUCACAAACUUGUUUAAACUUUCCUACUUUUAGUUUCCAAAAAUGUACCUAAUUUAACUUGUAGGCUGUAGCUUAUUAUAACUAAUCAGCUUAUGAUUAUUCAAAUAAAAAUCCUUCAGAAUUAAUAAUUUGUAGGUAUACAA